UUUUUGCUGGGAAUGAAGUGUCAAAAAUUAACUGUCAGUGGAAGUUUCUUUUGUUCCCUUGAAAAUAGAAAAAAAUUAUUAAUUUGAUGAAAUUUCGUUUACAAUUUUCAACAAAAAUUGCCACAAAUAAAAUUGAGCACAGCUAAAAUUAAAAACAGCAACACCAAAUAUAGCCAAAAGAGAGAGCAAAUUUGUGUAAAUAAAUAUUAAAAAAGAAACAAAGUAAUAGCUGCAGUAAUCAUGGCCAACAUAACGGUUGGGCAAAUUAUUAUGGAUGCACAAAGAAUGGCUAGUCGUGUGAAAGAAAUAGACGCCCUAAGCAGUGCACUACUUGAAGAGGCCGAAGGUAACAAUCGUUUUGUCGAAAGUCUUCGACAGUUUCAAGAUGACAUGGACUCAUUGAAUCGAAUAGCCAAUAAUAAGUCCAAUGUCGACAUGGUGAAUCGUAUACAGCAACAAAAUGCCAAUAGCUCUGAAAUUCUAAAAGAGAAUCGUGAACUUAAGGUUUGCAUCGAAGACUACGAACGAGCCAUGGAAUUGAUAAUGCAAAAAUACCGAGAACAUACCAAUAGCAAAGUUCUGGAGAGCAAACUCAACUUUAAGGAGGUAUACAACGAUAAAUUGUGGAAAAUUAUACGUGAACAAAGGGAGAAAAUCAAUGAAAUGGCAGCGGUAAUGCAAAGAGCAGCGAACAUCGAUGAUGAACAUGACAUCAAUGUGAUAACGAGAUUGCGUUUGGAGAACCAAACUUUGCGCGAAUUGUUGCAGAUAUCCAAGCAGUUUGGUUCUUACAAUCGACCAAUUCGUUUUAAUGAGCAUUUGCUGGAGGAAAAAGGCGUACAAACUGAUUUAGCUGCUGAUGAUUCAGCUGAUGAGCUGUCGCUAUCGGGAGCUUCCAUUGAAAAUGCCAACAAUAAUUCAGUUAUUCAACUUAACAUAAGCUCUACAUCUUCAACAUCGACUGCAGGUCAGCCAAUUACAGAUAACGCCAAUUCGGUUGCAUGUCACAGUGGAAUACUUGUUGGUGAUAAUAACAACGUAGUUGCGGUAGCACCACCGUCAGCUUCACCUGCCAUUGAAAAAAUUAAUAAUACUGCCUCCUCUUCGGCGGCUUUGGCUGGAAGCGCUACAGUAGCAGACGAGAACAAUUUGGUGACAUCAACAACAAUUGAUUACAAUAAUUUAAAUGCUUCUGCUGGUAUAGAAGUAACAUCUAACAACACCACCGCUACCAUUACAGCUGCUGCUGCAGCAACAUCAAAUAAUUUAAACGCAUCUCCAACAAAUAUGAAUGUCAAUUCAACUGCCAGUGCAACAUGAUAUUAUUGUAUAGCAUCAAGUUAAGAAGCAUUGUCCAUCGAUUCAAAAAACGAAUUAUCGUUUUUUUUUCUUAUUUUAUUAAUUUUGAAUUCAAUUCUCAUCAAGAAAUGUAACAAUUUCAUUUUCAAUUGAAUUGUAUAUUUAUAAUUUAUUGAACAGAGAAGCUUAUAAGUUAAAUUCUAUUAGAUUAGAAGGAACUCUAUUUUAUAUUUCUAAUAACACUUACACACACACAAAUGCAUGCUUAAAAACCAUUAUUUUUGUAGCGCUCUAAUUAAUCACAACUAAAUCUAUGAUUCGAUCAAUCCAACAAUCAUGCAUUCAUUCACUCACUGACUACUCACAUACAAUUUAGCAUCCUUCUAACAAAAAUGUAGAAUUUUUGUUGAAAGUUGUAAUACAUUAAUAAUUUAAUAAUUAGAUAGCACUCGAUACAUAUGCCAGCAUACAUUUAUUAAAGGCAGAUAUACAGAUACAGAUAUGUACAGACAGACAGACAGAAGGACAGAAUUAAUAAAUUAUAUACAUAUAUAUUAAAUUAUCUUCAUUAAUGAUCCAAAAAACAAAACUGUAAACAUAAAACCAAAAUAUAUUUAUUUAAUCUGGUAUUGUAAAAUUAAACAAAAAUAAUCGUCAAAUAAUGGUAAAAUUAACAUUUAUACCAAUUGUGUAUAAUGGAGAAAUUCAUUUAUUUCAUCUAGGUCACAAUUAUUAAUUUGUAUUAACAAGAAAACCCAACUACAUAUUACGAAAACACACAUAAAUAUACUUACUAUACUCAUAUAAUACAUAUAUAAUCAAUCACAUCUAAGCCCAAAAACACGACAUGUAGAAAUAAUCUCCUCCAUCAAGAUUUCAAUAAAACUAAUUUAAAUAAA